AUGAAAGAAGAUGGGCCUCUCCCAAAUAGUGGUGUUUAUAAUACGCUAAUCCGGGCACACCUUAGAGAUGGUGACAAAACCGCAUCAGCAGAACUCAUCAACGAAAUGAAGAGCUGCGGGUUUGCUGCAGAUGCUUCAACGUUUGGCAUGGUCACUCAUAUGUCACAUGAUGGGAGAUUGACAAAAGCUUCCUUGGUAUGCUUUCUUAAAGCAUCGUUUGAGGUUGCAGACACACUUUGUUAA